AUGUGUAAUGUUGCAGACAGUGAUGUCAUCACUGCACAUCACCAGUACACUUACUGUAAUGGAGGGAGCACACUCACUGUUUGGGGUCAGAAUGAUGAUGUUUUCAGAGCUGGGGUGAGUCAGCACCAGGCCAGUUUACCCCCAGGGACUCAAUGUGUAAUUCACAAGUCCACGUCUUGUCUAUUCCACCUGCUGCUGUUGACUGAGCUGUUGGUCCAUUCCUCAUCUCAUCCCGUCCACAGUUCGCCCACGUGUAGAGAUUUUAUCUCAAUGAACCAUCAGAUUCACAGUUUGGCGAACUUAUCCAAAAAACUCCAUGAUUUGUCUGAUGAUGAACUGAAAAGGAUUGCCCCUUUAGAAAACAGACUGGAAAGUCUUCCUAAGUUACCUCAUUCAGCGAAUCUGUGUUUUAUGUCCUUGCAGGUUGACGAGUUAUACUCUCAGUUGUAUGUGUACAGCGAGUCCUUCAGAUUUCAUGUAGACUGGCUAAAAACUGCAAAGGAAAAUGACAGUUUGCCCUUUGAAGCAGUUGAGGGCGCCAGCCGUCACCUCAGGCACCUUUCCGACGACUUCCGAAGGUCUCUUCAACAUAUCAAUCAAGAGGUUCCACAGCUGACGGCUCCCUGCUUCCCUGCCGUGCAAAACACAUUCGAUGUUAACAGAUUCGCCGUAGAAAUCUCCGAACGGUUACACGUCUUCUGUCAUUUUUUAAAACCUGUGUUACGGUACUUACAAAUACAGUCCAACUGCAAAAAACAUUAG